UCAAGACUUAUAUGUGUAGAUAAUAAAACAGGAAGUAUUAAAGUUGAGUGUGCUUAACUUAAUGUACAACAGAGCAAGAGGCUUACACACGCCUCAUUACAGGAAAUCAAGACUUAAUCAUCAUGUGGGACAAUUUGGGACAUGGUCAACAUAACAUCAAUAUAAAGCAGUUCUGUGUAUAUAAGCAUCUGGGAUGUGCAUGUGUUCGAAGGAUUCUUACUUGUAGAUCUGCACCCAAUAUGCAGUGACUCGAUCAGAUUCGUGUUCGCAAUAACUACUGGAUAUAUAGUUUGGAGAAUGUUGGACUUAAUUUAAUUAUUUACAAUUCUAUAGAAUAUACGUAGAAAAUAUCAUGAAGAGAAGCAUUCAAUGAUUUCGUUUUUUACUUUAGAAGUUUAACAUUCAAAAUAUUUUGUAAAAUAUAAUUCAGGUUUAUCAUAUAUAUUUUUGUGCCGUUCUAGGGUUUUCAUAAGAUUUUUUUCGUAAAUAUCAAACAGCUGUUAACUUUGAGAAGUAAAAAUUUUAAAAUUUGAUACUAAAUUAUAGAUUCAACAAGUUAUUUAAUUUUUCACUUACGUUUGCCAUUUCUUAUCUUUUGGUAUAACCUAUUUAUAUUGAAGUUUCAUCUGGGUUUUUUAACAGAAGGAAGUUUGUUAAUUUUUUGUUAAAAGUUUGGUGUUUCAUUGAAAUGUUGGAAAGGUAUAUACAGGUGUAAAUGAACCUGUACCUUGUACUCAAACAUUGAAACCUUAUCUGUGAUCAAUAUUUCCACCAAAUUUAGGACUGGACACUUCUAGAUCUCCGUCAUAUAUCAAAUGUAACGUGUAUAAUAUUCAGGAAGUCUUGGUAAGGCAUACACAACAGAUAAUAACUGUAACGUCGUAUACUUGUUUUGACAGGGUGAGAAAUAAUACAGACAUUGUAUACACAUUAUAAAGAGCUGAUUUUACUGAGAAUUUCAAUUGUGUGAUAUAUUUCCUUCUAAUAUUUGUCAGAAAAUUGGAGAUAACAUAAUUUUCAAUGAGGUAAUUGUAGCUGUCCUGUAUUUAAACGUGCUAAAAGGAUUAAUUAAGGAAGACUUCUUUCAUGUAAUCAUUUCUGUCGUCGGAUUUACUUGAGACUCUGAUCUCCUGGAUUUUACGGAAAAAAGGAAAAUAUUAAGUGCAAAUAUUCCUAUCUAUAUCUACCUCGUGGAUUUUAAGGACAUAUAUGCCUCAUGUAUAUGUACGUGAAAAUCUUUGAAUAAGUUUUGUGACGAAAUUGUGUGGAAUUACUCUAAAAUGGCUAAUACUAGUUUGACUAAUGGAUCUUCAAAGGGACCUGCUUUACAACCAAAUAAAGCGAAACCUACAAAUCAUGGCCCUAAGCUACCACAACCACGGGAGAAGGUCAUUCCUGUACCAAAGAAAGGAUCUGGGGAGGCGGAUACACUCCCAUACCAGAAUAGAUGGUUCCAUCCUCACAUCACUGGAUUAAAGGCUGAGGAGCUCCUGAAGGAUCGUGGAUAUGACGGUAGCUUCCUGGCCCGACACAGCAGCAGUACCACAGGGGACUUCACCUUGUCUGUCAGACGUAAUAAGGAGGUGACACACAUAAAGAUCCAGAACAAUGGCGAGUUCUACGACCUGUACGGGGGUGAGAAGUUUGCCACGUUGGCUGAACUGGUUCAGUACUACAUGGAGAACCAGGAUCAGCUCAAGGAACGCAACGGUGUCGUCAUAGAACUCAAGUACCCUCUCAACUCCGAAGACCCUACCACGGAAAGAUGGUUCCAUGGCCACCUGUCUGGUAAGGAGGCAGAGAAAGUGCUACUGGAGAAGGGCAAAAACAACAGCUACCUGGUGAGGGAAAGUCAGAGCAAGCCAGGUGACUUCGUCCUCUCCGUCCGGUGUGAUGAUCGAAUCACACAUGUUAUGAUCUGCUUCCAUGAAGAAGAUACGACAUACGACGUUGGAGGAGGAGAAAAGUUCCGCAGCCUGUCAGACUUAGUGGAACACUACAGAAAGAACCCAAUGGUGGAGAAGUCUGGCACAGUCGUAUACUUAAAAUUGCCGUUUAAUGCCACAAGGAUUCCUGCCUCUGGGCUAGAAAACCGUGUGAAACAAUUAGAGAAGGAAAAACAAUCAAAGGACCAGACUUCAGUGGGAAAUACCAAGGGCGGCUUCUGGGACGAGUUUGAGCAACUACAACAAAUGGAAGUGCGACAUUUAUACAGCAGGAAGGAAGGACAGAGACUGGAGAACAAGCCACGUAAUCGAUACAAAAAUAUCCUGCCAUUUGACCACACACGAGUGGUGUUAAGAGACGGUGACCCCAACGUGGUCGGCUCCGACUACAUCAACGCCAACCAUAUCACGACAGAGGAUGACAGUAUGGAGCCGAAGAAAUGUUAUAUCGCCACACAGGGCUGUAUGCCCACCACAGUCGGCGACUUCUGGAGGAUGACCUGGCAGGAGAACUCCCGCGUCAUUGUCAUGACAACAAAAGAGGUGGAACGAGGAAAGGUGAAGGCCUGUCGUUACUGGCCCUGCCCUGAAGAUCCUGACGAUGUCUUAGAGCGAUCAUUUGAUACAUACCAAGGCAAAGUAACAGUGAAACAUAUUAGUCAAAAAAGUGAAAGUGACUUAAUAAUUCGAGAAUUUGAAGUGUCAAGGGAAAAGUCGUCAGAAGGACCAAGAAGUAUCUUCCAGUACCAUUUCCUUACGUGGCCAGAUUAUGGUGUGCCGUCAGACCCAGGCAGUGUCCUGAACUUCCUUAACAUAGUUAAUGCUAAACAGGAAUCUAUACCAAAGGCUGGCCCUAUCAUUGUCCAUUGCAGUGCUGGUAUAGGAAGAACGGGAACUUUUAUUGUAAUAGAUAUAAUAAUAAACCAAAUAAAAAUGUUCGGCCUGGAGUGUGAGAUAGAUAUCCAGAAAACGAUACAGAUGGUGAGGUCACAGAGGUCAGGGAUGGUCCAGACCGAGGCCCAGUACAAGUUUGUCUACAUGGCUGUGCUACACUAUCUGGAGACGGAGAAACAACGCAAGCGAGCCGAGGAACAAAGUGUUGGACGAGAAUAUACCAACAUAAAAUACACUGAGGGCACAAGACAACCCCGCCCACAGCCAGCUCCUCAGCAACCCUCACGCAAGAAGGAACUACCCAAGACACCAGAGGAAUCCAACCAGAUUUACCAAAAUGUUCCAAAGAGAUAAGGACCAUAGACCUUGGACCUUAGACAGAUGUCCUGUGAUCCACAACUGGCUUCCCAUUACUGUUGAUACCUGUGUCAGGAUUGGCUGUUAUUGGCUUUGACUUACAUAAUCCUGUAUCAAACAUUCUGAUUGGCUGUUACUGGCUUUGACUUACAUAAUCCUGUAUCAAACAUUCUGAUUGGCUGUUACUGGCUUUGACUUACAUAAUCCUGUAUCAAACAUUCUGAUUGGCUGUUACUGGCUUUGACUUACAUAAUCCUGUAUCAAACAUUCUGAUUGGCUGUUGAUUGUGUACAUUUAUGUAUUGAACAUUCUGAUUGGCCAUUAAGUUGAAGCGUUAUCAAACAUGUAUUCCCAUUGAUAGAGAGAGAUUUGGGCGGAAAUUGAAUGGAAUGCAAAUACAUGUUACCAUGGUUACAUAAUAUUUCAAUGUUAAUUUAAAUUUUUGUUAUGUCUUUAUUAUAUGUAAUUACUGUGAUUGUAUCACAGGAGAAUUAUUGCUGAAAUUACAUAUAAUUAUAUAUAUUGACUGUAUAUGUGAAUCAUGAGCAAGCAUAUAGUGUAACAAUCACCUGUCCAAGACAAGGCUAUUAAAGUCUCUUAAAUACACUCAUUACUUUAAUAUAUUUGAAGUAAUUACAACCGAUAUGUACAUAUAUAUACAUGUAUCUCAAAGGUAAAACACCAAUAUACUUGGAUAGGAUUCAAAAUCAGGAGCAGGAUUUCUGUUUUUUUGUCAGAUAUGUAUAACUUAUAUCAAGAGAUUAAGAUAUUGUUGUAGGUACUAUUUGAUUUUCUUUAAUAAUGGAUUUUUGGGGGCGGUUUGUCCUUUAUACCAAACUUUUUAUCGAAGUAUACAGCUAGUUUGUAUUUUCAAAUGGAAAAACAGAUGUGAUUAGAUUGUCAGGGCAAAAUAAAAUAUAAUUCUUUUUCCCCAAAUAUUGAUAACAGGACUUAAUUUUCUGGCUUUGAUCCAACAAUACAUUAUAUUGUCGCCACUGUGUUGGUUUCGUUUUUGGCGCAAUUGUUGACAUUCUUUUAUUUCACCCUUUCACCACUGUAAACCAUAAUGGACUCAUCCAUAUCAAUGCAUGGCAGAGUCUACUAAAAUUACAUAGGGGUGAAAGGGUUAACCAUCAGCUUUUGUACAGGGAUGCUGAUCUUUGCGUGGAUAUUCCCUAAGGGUUAAACAAUGAUACAGUACAGUCAACAAACUGAGCAAAAAUGGACCUCUUUUUAAGUACUUAACUAUUUUUUGAUAUUCUUUUAAUAAGCAAGCUUUGUCGUUUUCCAAUAACUCUUGUUAGGAACAAAAGAAAAAAGAGCUCAGACUAGGUCUUUCCAGGAUUAACUCAUUCACCCCUGAAAUUUCAUAAUGAACUAUUCCAACCUUUGAAUUGGAAGAGUUCAUAUGUGUCUUCACGGGUGAAUGAGUUAAGAUAUGUAGACCAUGAGCUGGUGUUGGCGUUUGAGUGACUCCACUUUGUGAUGUUAAUGUUUUCCCCCCGUCUGCGCUAGUGGUUUGACUGAUAUCAAAGAAACGAACAGUCUAUUUGAGUGACAUAGGGGGGAGAAGCUCCGAUAGUGAUUAUUGUUAGUGUAGCAUACAUGGUGCUCAUUUGUUAUGGAUAUUAUUGUUGAUCUUUUUGUAUUGUUCUUUUGAAGAAAUCGUGAUGUUGACAGUUUAGCGUAUUAAAAGCUGACUAGAUAUAGGGGUUUAUUGAUACGAGGCGAGUUAUCAAGAUCGUUUGAUUGAUUGGCUGACAAUCUGUGAUUGGUUAUUAUGUGUGAUGAGGCUAGAAAUAGUUUCAGAACCUAUUAUUGAAUAAAUCCUGUAGUUAAACAUAUAUUUGUUCCCAUACAUUUGUAAUAGUUUACAGAUUAACUCGUGUUAAUCUCGUCAUUUUCUGUCAUUUUCAUUUUUUGGGCAGAAUCCACAUAUCUUGGUAUUAUAUUAAAUUCUGUUCAUUUUUAAUCCAGAUUUUACUUUGCUUGUCAUGGCAACAUCGAAAUAUUAUCAAGUUUCCGAAGGUGAUUUGAACAAAUUCCAGAGCUGAGGCCUGUUUAUUUGUGCGAAUGGACUGGUUAAUCUACUUUUAAAUACACGUAUCAUGAAUUCAGAGGAGGAAAGGAAAAUGGCCGAGGCCUUGAAAAUCUUUCUCAAAUCUUCCAGAAAGUAACAUCAGAUUAUAAGGCCUGUUCCUCUCUCGUAAAUAAACAACUCUGGUCUAAGCAUUCAAAUUAGUGAAAAUGCAAUAAUCAAACGCGACCUUGAAGGGUGGUUUGUCAAGGUGACAGUUUUUGGAGAUAUGUCAUUUGCUAGAGAGCCAUUUCAGAGAAGAAGUCUUUUCUCUGUGGAUGGUAUAAAGAAUACUUUGUGGUCAUGGUAACCACUGGAAUGCCAUCAAGACAAUGUGACAAUACGAGGUCUAAAACCAACGUGUUCACGGUCUAGUAAUUAAUAUAUAUAAGAUCAAUAUUAUAAGGACUGACAGCACGUAACUCUUUCUGAAGAACUGUUGUGUGAACUUAGUUGCAAUGGUACUUAAAUUCUUCUAAGCAAAUACCACUCAUCCAAGAUAAUUUCAAAUACAUACUGAAGAUUGACAUUAAAUUGCAACCUUGUCUGUGUUUUCCAUUUUUCUUUUUCAUUUCUUUUUCAACAUUUGAAAUUAAAUUUUCAGAUCAAGUAACAUUGUAUAUGAUUCAUGGUAAAACUCAUUAAAAGUUAUUGUAAGAAGUUUUUUCUUCAGAACUUUGAAUUAUCAUACUACAUGUAUUGUAAUUUAAUGCUUUUAAAAUUUGUAAUACAACUUGACACCAAAGAAAGGGAGUUUAUGAGCAUUAAAUAUUGAAAUAUUUCAUAAUUUUUUGAUGAAGUCCCUACUGUAAUGUGAGCACAUCAGUAGUUGUCUGCUGUCAGACUCACUAGAAAUAUUAGGUGACAACUGGAAGUUAGUUCAUUGUACCGUGUAAAAUGUACAUUAAAUUAUAUAACAGUGUGUCGCUUAGUAGAUAUGCAUGUUUGCAUUGAUGACUAGCAUACUAAGUAAGUAUAUUUUUGAUCGAUAAACACCAGUAUCAAACCUCUAAAAAGGGAAGUUUCAGUGAAAGGCAUUCAGAAUUAUUACCGGUCUAUUAAGUUUGACACUUAAUUCAUGUGAAGAAUUAUGAAUUGUCAAUUUAAAAGUUUGAUUUAUAAGAAAUGUAACAGAAAUGUAACAUUUUUGGUGUGAAUUUCUAACACCAAAUAUUUUUUUUUAAUAAUUUCUUCAAAACUUCAAACAAGUACCAUGGAUAUGUGUAACUAGCCUGCCACUGUCUCAUCCGGGUGACAGAUUGAAUUUUUCUGCUGACAAUAAUGUUGUAGAAUAGCCAGGAGAAGAACUUACAGCUGAGAAGAGCUAUACCAAUAUUGUUUUUAAUUGUUAUCAUUGUGCUGUAAUUCUAGAAGCUCCCCCGGAAAAGCGACAACAUUAUUUGGUGUAAAUAUUGUGUAUAAUUGUUUUUUGUGAUAUUUUUGCCACCCGUAUUGUUUCAUUUUUGUACGUACGGUAACUGUUCCAUACAUUUGUAAGUAUAACAAGAUUCACUGUACACACUCACAGGUAAAUAAUAUAGGGCAUCUUCUGUAUCUUUUUCACUUUUUUCACAGCAGUAUCUACUUUUAGGAGGCCUCGCUCUGAAUCACUUACAUUUUUGGCAAGAUAUUAUUUAUUUUUAUUUGCGAGGAGGCAUUUUAGCAAAUUUCCAUCUUCUGCAACUAUUAAUUCCAUAGAUACUUACAUCAAGAUGUAAAAGUCUCUUUGAAAAUUAGAGUUCCAGUAUUUCUUGAAUAUAACCUGCGGGCACUUGGGAUUUACUGUUUACUAAGAGGAAACAUAUUUAACUGCUAGUAUUUUUGUCCAAUUAAGAACUGCUGGUUUAGUAUGUUUACAUUCUGUUACAAAAAUCCAUUUAUAUUUGCUGAUAUAUUGCUUUUGCUGAAAUAUUUUCAAAACAUUCAUUUGGUUCAUUUACAACUACAAGAGGAAUUUCUCUUUUUGUUUAAAUAUUUUUUUAUCUAGAUCCUGACAAAGUUGUACCUGUACUGGAGUACCAACACUGUUUAAGGUUUUGUUCUAUUAUUUUUUUAUUUUAUUUUUUUACAACAAAUUGAGACAUUCAGAACAGUACAUAAAAGUAGUGAUCGAAAAAAUUUGUAAAAGCAGAAAUUAACCAGUAAAUAUCAAUCAAUGGGCAUCUUUGUGUAUCCAAAUUGACUGAAAAAGUUAUUCUAAAUCAUUUAUACUUUAAAAUGAGGAGCUUAAGAACCCACUUUCAGAUAUAAGACAUUUUUUACAUUUUAAAUAUUUCAAUUUGCAAUACAUUGAAUUUUCAUUUCAUAAAAUUUGAUUACUAAAAUAUCAUAUCUGGUGAAAAUUGUGUUAAAUUAAUUGGUAGAAAGUUCCAAAAUUAAAUCUUUUCCCUGUUAAAGUAGAUAUUAGUUGAAACAAAUUAUUGUAGGUUAAAACUAUAUAAUUGGUUCUGUUUCGGUUCUGGUCCCUUUGGAUAUAUUCGUGUUGAACUCUGGUCAAGAUGUCUUCCAAACAUGAACAUUCUGUAUAUCUUGUCCUCAAAUAGCAUGGCAGAUGUGUUCAUUACCAAAGAUUGUCUGAUUUUUGAGGAGAGAAAUAAACAGAGAAGAAACAGUGCUCUCCAAAAUAAAUGGUUAUGAACUUGUAUGCUAGUUUUUCCUGACAGCUAAAUGUAUGUAAGCAUAAUAUUUAGGUGUUUUGCACCUUUUUGUUAAAAUGAUGACUUGUAUGAACUGUCUUGUUUAUUAUUGAAUUAUGACAGAAUUAAUACAAAAUUCCUGAUACUUGUUUCCUUCUUUUACACAAUAAAUCCUACUUCAGGUAACCUCGGAGGUUCCAGAAGGACAUUGUAAUUGACCAGUUUAAAUGUAAGGAUGAUAUGAUCAGCAAUGAAGCGUCUUUGAAUGAAGAGGGGUUUUGUCUCCUCCGGAUUUCAGUUAAACAAGUUCCCUAUUCAUAAAACCAUUGUCAUACUUCAUUUGAACUUCUGUAUUAAGCUCUUUUCCUCACACAUGUCAGGAAGUACCUGAUAAUAUUUUUUAUUGUUAUUUACGAAGUAGGUGCUUAGUCUAAACUUGUACCGGAAAAUGUUUGAUUUUUAUCACGUAGCAAGACUUGUAUAGAUAACAAGGAAGACAGUUUCAGCUCAAACCUGGAGUUUGGGCAUGAUAACGGUUUAUGAAUGCAGGCUCUGAUCCUACUGUAUACCAAAUAUAGCUUUGAUCAUUCUUACUUCUCAUGUACUUGUAAUACAUACAUGUCUAACAUUGAAUCGUUUGAUCUGCCAGUCAGAUUUAUUUGGGAAAUGAAUGGAAUUUUGCAAUGUUCGACAGGAACGAUGUUUAUAUUAUCAUUAUAUCACAUUCUGCAUCAUUUCAGUGUUUCAAUGUAUCAUAUACUGAUUUUAAGAUUUCAGUAACGUUACUUACUAAAAUUUAAUUGUAGAUUUUAGAACUAUUAAAUAUUCAUAAUUGCAUGUUUAUUAAUUUUUUGAAAGUGAUAUUGAAAAUUUUAUGUAAUAUAAUUAUGUAUAUACAGCUGAUAACGAUGCAAUUUUUUUAAGUAAAUCUUCAAACAAUAUGGAAUCUUGGCUAUAUAGUACUAUAUGGCCAGGUGAACUUUGACUUCAUGUGACCAUGUGACCUUGUGAACUUUGACCUCUAACCCAGUGUUUCUGACAUCUCAAUAAUCAUAGAAUGUAAGUUUGAAUCAUUGUUAAAACCUACAAGCAAAUGUGCUAAAAAUAGCAGAAAUAAGCAAAUCCAGACACUUUGUGGACCUUUUCAGUUUAAUAUUUCAUUAUUGGACUGAUUCAAUUAUAGAAAUUGGUGGUUGUUCAUGUACUUUUGAGUCUGAAGGAGCUAUGGAUAUUAUAAGACUCUUUCAUGCCCAGGGGUGUAGGAUAGGAAAUUCCAACCGAGGGGUUUCCAAAGCCUCAGGUUUUACCAAUUUCCCUAUCCUACACCCCUGGGCAUGAGAGAGUAUUUUUCUCUCAUCCCAACUACCGAAAUAAGCUCAGAAACCAUGAAAAUGCAUUUUGACUGGCCACAAUUUUGAAAAUAUCAAUUUUUCCCCUGAGCUUUUGAGACUAAAAUGAAUAUGUCAGCCGGAUUUAGCAUACCCCAUAUUUGCAAACACCGUUUUGCGCAGAAAAAAUAAUCACAGCUUUCUAACGUAUACGGUAAAUAUAUAUCGUAAAAGGUUUUAAUUUCCUCACGUCGCCUUUUCCGCAUUGCGGCAUCGAAGAUUUCCAAAUUUGUGAUGUCACAUCAUUGGUGAGCCACGUCACGUGCAAUGGGGUGUAAGAUAAAAAAAAUCCUUCACCCCUUUCUUACCCUGGACAGCUCUAUCUUGCACACAGGGAAAUGAGAGAAAUGUAUAUUUAUUUUAAAAAGAAACCUGUACUUUUAAAAAAGGCCGAUAGGCUAGGGGCGGGACAUGAAUGAAUUGGAUCUACCAUACCUCACAGAUUUCUUUUUUUUUACUUUUCUGAAACACCGAUCAAUUACAAAAUCUGAACAAUGAUGGUGUUGCUAGCAAACUGUUCACUAUACUGGACAUCAGGGAGGAUGUGCACCUAAAUUGAAUUAAUAUUUGGGAAUAAGUCAGCAGGUUGGACAAUUUUCAUAGAGGUUUUCAUAUUCAAAGGAUAUAUUCCUUUGACCUUCAGCACCUCUAAAAAUUAUGGUUCAUUUGUGCUUAAAAAUGGAUAAUUCUUCCAUUUUAAGAACUUUGAAGCCGAGAGUCAUAUGAUUAUAUUUUGCAUGCAAUCUACUGGGCGUAGAGUGUUAUUGGGUUUAAUUGAAGAAAUAAUCUUUACCAAUUUUCAAGGUCACAAGAGACACAUGAAGUAAUUUUCAUGCUUUUCAUUUUUCUAUGAUAAUCAAUAAAAUGUAGAUUUUUUUUAAUAACAUUGUAAUCAAUGGAAAUCACCAAAAAAUAAUCAGGUUUUUUUCUUCCGAGUAAACUGUGAAACAGUUUGAAUUUGUUACACUUCCCCAUCAUGCCAAAAGGUGGUGUACCUACUGUUUAGUACAAUGUGCAGUGUUGUAUAGAAAAUAGAUUCUUGCUGUUUGUGUCAAAAUGUCAAAUAAAUUUCGUAUAUAUAUAUAUAUUAUAUA